CAAGAAUUUGUUUGCCUUUUCUUUCCAUUUCUCUGCAGUUUUUUUUCAAGGAUUGCCAGUUUUUGUUUGUUGUUUCUCUGAGUCAGUCCAGCUUUCUCUUCCAUUGUAACCCACAGUUUUUCAAAUUCCAGCACUGCAAAGAAUCGAAAGUAGCGCUGCUGCUGCUUCUUCUUCUUCUUCUUCUUCUUCUUCUUCACAGUUGAUACACCGUACCAAUCAAUUAAACAAGACUCUCUCCGUAUUUUUCAAGGUCUGCUGCAUUUCUUUUAGGGAGUUUCCAUCUGGGUCUCAUUCAUGGAAGCUUCAUCACCCAUCUCAAUCCAACAAACCCCUCUCCAAGACCAUCCAUCUGAGCCCUCUCCAAAACCUUACAAGAAAAGCUUCGUUACCACUCUAAUGGAGGCCGCCACUCUUCGCACUCCUUCCUUCAAGGAAGACACCUAUUUCAUCUCCCAUCUCAAAUCCUCCGAGAAGAAAGCGCUGCUAGAGUUCAGGGAUAAACUCUCCGCCUCUUAUGAUUCUGAUAGUGAGUGUUCGAUGUGGGGUAUUCCUCUUAUGAGUGGAGACGAGAAGGCUGACGUGAUACUUUUGAAGUUUUUGCGUGCCAGAGACUUUAGAGUCCCUGAUGCGCUUCGCAUGCUGGAUAAAUGCUUAUCCUGGAGAAAAGAGUUUGGAGCAGACAGCAUCUGUGAGGUGGACUUGGGUUUUAAGGAGCUUGAAGGUGUUGUGGCUUACAUGCAUGGGUAUGACAGAGAGGGACACCCUGUUUGCUACAAUGCCUAUGGGGUCUUUAAGGACAAGGAAAUGUAUGAGAGGAUAUUCGGAGAUGAAGAGAAGCUCAAGAAGUUCCUGAGAUGGAGAGUUCAGGUGCUGGAGAGAGGGAUUAAACUUCUGAAUUUUAAGCCUGGUGGAGUCAACUCCAUUAUUCAAGUGACUGAUCUCAAAGACAUGCCUAAAAGAGAGCUUAGGGUCGCUUCUAAUCAGAUCCUCUCUCUUUUUCAAGAUAAUUAUCCUGAAAUGGUGGCUCGUAAGAUUUUCAUCAAUGUCCCAUGGUACUUCAGCUUGUUGUAUUCGAUGUUCAGUCCAUUCCUAACUCAGCGAACUAGGAGCAAGUUCGUAAUCUCAAAGGAAGGAAAUUUUCCAGAGACUCUGUACAAAUUUAUAAGGCCUGAGGACAUUCCAGUUCAGUAUGGAGGACUAUGUCGACCCAGCGAUUUGCAGAAUGGCCCACCUAAACCUGCAUCCGAGUUUGCUGUAAAAGGAGGAGAGAAAGUGAACAUUCAGAUCGAAGGGAUUGAGGGUGGUGCAACAAUUACAUGGGACAUAGUGGUCGGAGGGUGGGACUUGGAGUACAGUGCAGAGUUCGUGCCGAAUGCAGAAGGGAGCUACACCAUUGCCGUGGAGAAGAUAAGGCAGGUGGCUCCCUCAGAGGAGGCAAUUCACAACUCUUACACUUCAAGAGAAGCAGGGAAGAUGGUGCUUUCAGUGGACAACACUGCUUCCAAGAGAAAAAAAGUCGCUGCCUAUCGAUACAUCGUCCGCAAAUCCACUGUUGUCUAGAUUGAAUAGCUUGGCUUAACUCUAAUAAUUAAGAGGUUUUUUCUUCUUCUUUCUUAUUCUUCUUCUUCUUCUUCUUUUUGGGUUAUUUUUGAGAGGCUAAAUCGAUGGGUGUGAACUGUUUUUAGUCUACUAGUACUUGACUGUACUAAUGCAAUGUAUAAAAACGGUGGCCACUACAUAGCUUUUAUAUAAUAUAAUGCCCAAUGUCUGCAAUCAGUUAAUGA